AUGGAGGUAUUAGGGAGAAGAAAGCAAGGUUUUGUAAGGAAAAAGAAAACUGACAGCUACUCCUUGCAUCGCAGUCGUACAAGUGCAUGGGUAUUGUCUACUGGAAAGUUGCAUCUUGAAGUUAAUAGAGAUUCCUUAUCAAAGGGAAUGGAGCAAAUGAGUGUUCCUUUGGCUGGGGUCUUGGGUUUGACGGUCUCGGCCGAGUGGCUCAGGGCUCGGUCUGGGGCCUGGGGCUUAGUGGUCUGGGGCCUGAGGGUUCAGGCUUGGUGGUCGAGGGUCAGUGGGUCUGGUGGCCUGUGGCUAGGUCCUGGGGCCUCAGGCUCUGGUGGUCUAGGGCUCUGGGGCCUGUGGGCUCAGGGCUUGUGGCCUAGUGGCUUCAGUGGUCAGGGGUCUGGGCCUGUGGCUCAGUGGCCUGGCCUGAGGCCUGGUGGCCUGGUGGCUCAGGGGGCUCAGUGGGCUCAGUGGCCUGUGGCUCAGUGGCCUGUGGCCUGUGGCCUAGGCCUCAGGCCUCAGUGGCCUGUCGUGGCCUGUGGCCUCAGUGCUCAGGCUUGUGGCCUGAGUGUCAGUGGUCUGGUGGGGCCUGGGCUCAGUGGCCUGUGGCCUGUGGCCUGUGGCCUGUGGCCGGGCGGCCUAGGCCUGUGGCCUAGUGGCCUAUGGCUCAGUGGCCUGUGGGCUCAGCUGGGCUUGGGGUCUGGGGCUCAGGCCUGUGGCCUGGGGCUCAGGUCUGGGGCUCAGUGGCUCAGUGGCUUAGUGGCUCCAGUGGCCUGGUGGCCUAGGCUCAGGGCUCAUGUGGCCUGGGGCUCAGGGCUUGUGGCCUGGGUCUCUGGGCUCUGGGGCUCAGUGGCUCAUGGCCUAGGGCCUGUGGCCUGGGGUCUGGGGUCUGGGCCUGGGGCCUGGGGUCCGGGGCCUGAGGCCUGUGGCUCUGUGGCCUGGUGGCCCUGGGCCCUGGGGCCUCAGUGGCCUAGGCUCUGUGGCCUGUGGCCUGGGCUCUGGGGCCUGGGGCUCUGUGGCCUGUGGCCUGGGCCUGGCUGGCUCAGUGGCUCAGGUUUGUGGCUUAGGCUUGUGGCCUGUGGCUUAGGCUCUGUGGCCUGUAGGCUCAUGUGGCUUGUGGCCUGUGGUCGUGGCUCAGGGCCUGAGUGGCCGAGGGCUUGCAGGCUCAGGGCUUGGUGGCCGAGGGCUCUGUGGCCCAGGGCCGAGGGCUCAGUGGCCUGUGGCCUGUGGUCGGUGGCCGAGGGCUUGUGGCUUGUGGCCCAGGGUCGAGGGCUCAGUGGUCGAGGGUCGAGUGGCUUGUGGCUUGUGGGCUUGGGUCGAGGGCUCGAGGGCUUCAGUGGCUUGUGGCUCAGUGGUCGAGGGCCGAGGGCCGAGGGCCGAGGGCCGAGUGGUCGAGGGCUUGUGGCUUCAGGCUCAGGGCUCUGUGGCCGAGUGGCCGAGGGUCGAGGGCUCAGUGGCCUGUGGCCUCAGGGCCUGUGGCUCAGUGGCCUGUGGCUCAGGGCCUGUGGCCUGAGGCCUGUGGCCUGUGGCCUGGUGGCCUGUGGCUCAGUGGCUCAGUGGCCUGGGGCCUCAGGCCUCAGUGGCCUGUGGCCUGGGGCUCAGUGGCCUGGUGGCCUAGGGCCCAGGGCUCAGGCCUGUGGCCUGUGGGCUCAGGGCUUCAGUGGCCUCAGUGGCUCAGUGGCCUGUGGCCUGUGGCCUGUGGCUCAGUGGCCUAGGGCUCAGGGCCUGUGGCUCAGGGCUCAUGGCCUGGGGCUCAGUGGCCUGUGGCCUGUGGCCCAGGGCCUCAGUGGCCUGUGGCCUGUGGCUCAGUGGCCUGUGGCUCAGGGCUCAGUGGCCUGUGGCCUGUGGCCUGUGGCCUGUGGCCUGGUGGCCUGUGGCCUGUGGCCUGUGGCCUCGUGGCCUGUGGCCUCAGUGGCCUCAGGGCCUGGGGCUCAGUGGCCUGUGGCCUCAGUGGCCUGUGGCCUGUGGCCUAGUGGCCUGAGGGCUCAGUGGCCUAGUGGCCUAGUGGCCUCAGUGGCCUGUGGCUCAGUGGCCUGUGGCCUGUGGCCCAGGCCUGUGGCCUGGCUCAGGCCUCAGGGCCUGGUGGCUCAGUGGCCUAUGGCCUCAGGGCUCAGUGGCCUGUGGCCUGGUGGCCUGUGGCCUGCAGGGCCCAGUGGCCUGGUGGCCUGGUGGCUCGAGGCCUGUGGCCUGAGGGCCGAGGGCUCAGGCUCAGGGUCGCAGGGCUCAGGGCCUGAGGGUCGAGGGCUCGAGGGCUCAGGGCUCAGUGGCCUCAGUGGCUCUAGUGGCCCAGGCUCAGGGCCUGUGGCUCAGUGGCUCUGUGGCUCUGUGGCUCAGUGGCCUAGGCUCAGGGCUCAGUGGCUCAUGUGGCCUAGGCCUGUGGCCUCAGGCUCAGUGGCCUGUGGCCUGGUGGCUCAGUGGCCUGGUGGCUCAGUGGCCUGUGGCCUGUGGCUCAGUGGCCUAGGGCCUGUGGCCUGGUGGCCCAGGGCUCAGGGCCUGGUGGCCUGUGGCUCAGUGGCCUGUGGCCUAGGCCUCAGUGGCCUAGUGGCCUGGCCUGGUGGCCUGUGGCCUCAGGCUCAGUGGCCUGUAGGCUCAGGGCCUCGUGGCUCAGGGCCUGUGGCCUCAGUGGCCUCAUGGCCUGUGGCCGAGGGCCUGAGGUCUGAGUGGCCUAGUGGCUCGAGGGUCGAGGCUCUGUGGCUUGAGGCUCGAGUGGCUCAGUGGCUCAGUGGCCUGUGGCUCAGGCCUAGGUCGAGGGCUCAGUGGCUCAGUGGCCUAGUGGCCUGUGGCCGAGGGCCUGUGGCCUGCGUGGCUCUGUGGCCGAGGGCCUGUGGCCUGUGGCUCGAGGCCUGUGGCUUGUGGCCGAGGGCCGAGGGCUCGAGGGCCUGUGGGCUCAGUGGUCGAGGGCCUAGCCUGGGCCGAGGGCCUAGUGGCUCGAGGGCUCGAGGCUCAGGCCUCAGGCUCAGUGGCCUAGGCCUGUGGCCUGAGGGCCCAGGGCUCAGUGGCCUAGUGGCCUCAGGGCUCAGGCUCGAGGGCCUAGGGUCGAGGGCCUCAGUGGCUCAGUGGCUCAGGCUCAGUGGUCGAGGGCCUAGUGGCUCAGUGGCCUCAGGGCUCAGGGCUCGUGGCUCGAGGGCCGAGUGGCCUGUGGCUCAGGGCCUAUGGCCUAGGCCUAUGGCCUGUGGCCUAGGGCUCAGUGGCCUAGGGCUCAGGCCUGUGGCUCAGGGCCUAGUGGCCUGUGGCCUAGGGCCUAUGGCCUGUGGCCUGUGGCCUGGCGGCUCAGUGGCCUGUGGCCUAGUGGCCCAGGCCUGUGGCCUGUGGGCUCAGUGGCCCAGUGGCCUAGUGGCCUGUGGCCUAGGGCCUAGGCCUUGGCCUGUGGCCUCAGUGGCCUGUGGCCUAGGCCCAGGGCCUAGGCUCAGUGGCUCAGUGGCCUGUGGCCUCAGUGGCCUAGGCUCAGGCCUGUGGCCUAGGGCUCAGUGGCCUGUGGCCCAGGGCCUAGGGCCUAGUGGCCUGUGGCCUGUGGCCCAGGGCCUGGUGGCCUGUGGCCUAGGGCCUGGCCUGUGGCCUAGGCCUGUGGCCUGUGGCCUAGGGCUCAGUGGCCUGUGGCCUAGGCCUAGGCCUGCAGGCUCAGUGGCCUGUGGCUCAGGGCCUAGGCCUAGUGGCCUGUGGCCUGUGGCCUGUGGCCUAGGGCCUGGGUCAGGGCUCAGGCUCAGGCCUGCUCUAGGGCCUAGUGGCCUAGGGUCGAGUGGCCUGUGGCCUGAGUGGCCUAGGCUCAGUGGCCUAGGGCUCGAGGCUCGAGGGCUUCAGUGGCUCAGGGUCGAGGGCUCAGUGGCUCGAGGCUCAGGGCUCGAGUGGCCUAGGCCUGUGGCCUGUGUGGCUCAGUGGCCUGUGGCCUGUGGCCCAGGGCCUAGUGGCCUAGGGCCUGUGGCCAGGGCUCAGUGGCUCAGUGGCCUAGGGCUCAGGCUCAGGCCUGGCUCAGGGCUCAGGCCUGAGGCCCAGUGGCCUAGGCCUGUGGCCUGUGGCCUGGUGGCCUGUGGCCUCAGUGGCCUGUGGCCUAGGCCUGGUGGCCUAGGGCCUGUGGCCCAUGGCCUAGGGCUCAGGGCCAGGGCUCAGGCCUGUGGCCUAGUGGCCCAGGGCCUGUGGCUCAGUGGCCAGUGCUCAGGCCCAGGCCUGGGCCCGUGGCCUGGCCUAGGGCCUAGUGGCCUGUGGCCUAGGCCUAGGCCUGUGGCCCAGUGGCCUGUGGCUCAGUGGCCUAGUGGCCUGGUGGCCUGUGGCCUGUGGCCUAGGGCCUGGUGGCCCAGUGGCCCAGGGCCUAGGCCUGUGGCCUGUGGCCUGGUGGCCCAGGGCCUAGCUCAGUGGCCUGUGGCCUGUGGCCUCAGUGGCUCAGGGCCUAGUGGCCUGUGGCCAGGGCUCAGUGGCCUGUGGCCUGUGGCCCAGGGCCUGGUCAGGCCAGGGCUCAGGGCUCAGGGCCUGUGGCCAGUGCCUGUGGCCUGUGGCCUGUGGCCUCAGGGCUCAGUGGCCUCAGGGCCUCAGGCCUGUGGCCUAGGGCCUCAGUGGCCUGUGGCCCAGGGCCUAGUGGCCUCAGGCCUGUGGGCCUGUGGCCUCAGGCCCAGGCCCGGGCCCAGGGCUCAGGGCCUGUGGCCUAGUGGCCUGGUGGCCUCAGGGCCUGAUGGCCUGGCUCAGGGCCUGUGGCCUAGUGGCCUGUGGCCUGUGGCCUGUGGCCUGUGGCCCAUGGCUCAGGGCCUAGGCCUGGGCUCAGUGGCCUGUGGCCCAGGGCCUCAGGGCCUAGGCUCAGGGCCUAGGCCUGUGGCCUGUGGCCUCAGGCCUAGUGGCCCAGGGCCUGGUGGCCUGGCUCAGUGGCCUAGGCCCAGGGCUCAGGCCUCAGGCCUGGCCUGUGGCCCAGGGCCAGGGCUCAGUGGCCUAGUGGCCCAGGGCCUGUGGCCUAGGCCCAGGGCUCAGUGGCCUGUGGCUCAGGGCCUGUGGCCUGCGGCCUGUGGCCUGGCCUCAGGGCUCAGGGCCUGUGGCCUGUGGCCCAGUGGCCUAGGCCCAGGGCCUAGUGGCUCAGUGGCUCAGGGCCUCAGGCCUAGGCCUGUGGCUCAGGCCUGGUGGCCUCAGGGCCUGUGGCCUGUGGCCUGUGGCUCAGGGCUCAGGCCUGUGGCCUGUGGCCUGUGGCCUGUGGCCUGGUGGCCUGUGGCCUCAGUGGCUCAGGCUGGCCUGUGGCCUCAGGGCCUGUGGCUCAGGCCUCAGUGGCCCAGGGCUCAGUGGCCUGUGGCCCAGGGCCUGUGGCCUGUGGCCUGGUGGCCUCAGGGCCUAGGCUCAGGGCCUAGGGCCUGUGGCCUAGUGGCCUGGCUGGGCUCAGUGGCCUCAGGGCUCAGUGGCCUGGUGGCUCAGUGGCCUGUGGCCUGUGGCCUAGUGGCCCAGUGGCCUAGGCCUAGGGCCUCCAGGCCUGGUGGCCCAGGGCCCUGUGGCCCAGGCCUGUGGCCUGUGGCCCAGGGCCUGCAGCUGGCCUCAGGCUCAGUGGCCAGGGCUCAGGGCUCAGGGCCUCAGUGGCCUGGUGGCCUAGGCCCAGGGCUCAUGGCCUGUGGCCUGGCCUCAGUGGCUCUGUGGCCUAGUGGCCUAGUGGCCUGUGGCCUGUGGCCUGGUGGCCUGUGGCCUGUGGCCUGUGGCCUGUGGCCUGUGGCCUGUGGGCCUAGGCUCUGUGGCCUGUGGCCUGCCUGUGGCCUGUGGCCUGGUGGCCUGGGCCUGUGGCCUGGUGGCCUCAGUGGCCUGUGGCCCAGUGGCCUAGUGGCUCAGGGCUCAGGGCUCAGGCCUAGUGGCCUAGGGCUCUGUGGCUCAGGGCCUAGGGCUCAGUGGCCUAGGCCUCAGGCCUGUGGCUCAGGCCUAGGCCUGUGGCCUGUGGCUCAGGGCUCAGUGGCCUGUGGCCUGCCUGUGGCCCAGGCCUGUGGCCUGGGCCUGUGGCCUAGGGCUCAGUGGCCUAGGCCUGCAGGCCUGUGGCCCAGGCUCAGUGGCCCAGGGCCUGUGGCCUGUGGCCUGGUGGCCCAGGGCCUGCCUGUGGCUCAGUGGCCUGGUGGCCUCAGGCUCUGUGGCCUAGUGGCCUGUGGCCUGAGGCCUGGGCCUCAGGGCCUGGCCUGUGGCCUAGGGCCUAGGGCUCAGUGGCCUAGGCCUGGUGGCCUAGGGCCUAGGGCUCAGUGGCCCAGGGCUCAGGGCUCUGGGCUCAGGGCCCAGUGCCCAGGGCCUAGGCCCAGGGCCUGGGCCCAGUGGCCUGUGGCCCAGGGCCCAGGGCUCCAGGGCCCAGGGCCCAGUGGCCUGGGCCCAGGGCCCAGGGCUCAGGCCUCAGGCCCAGGGCCUGCCAGGGCCCAGUGGCCUGGGGCUCAGGGCCUCAGGCCUGGUGGCCUAGUGGCCUGUGGCCUGGCUCAGUGGCCCAGGCCCAGGGCUCAGGCCUGUGGCCCAGGCCCAGGGCUCAGGGCUCUGUGGCCUAGGGCUCAGGCCCAGGGCUCAGGGCCCAGGGCUCAGGCCUGUGGCCCAGGGCUCAGGGCCUGUGGCCCAGGGCCUGCAGGGCUCAGGGCCCAGGGCCUCAGGGCUCAGGGCCCAGGGCCCAGGCCCAGGCCUAGUGGCCCAGGGCUCAGUGGCCCAGGGCCUGUGGCCCAGUGGCCCAGGGCCCAGGGCCCAGUGGCUCAGUGGCCCAGGGCCCAGGGCCCAGGGCCCAGGGCCCAGGGCCCAGGCCUGUGGCCCAGGGCCCAGGGCCCAGGCCUAGGCUCAGGGCCUGUGGCCCAGGGCCUAGUGGCCCAGGGCCUCAGGCCUCAGGGCUCAGUGGCCCAGGGCCUAGGGCCCAGGGCCUGUGGCUCAGUGGCCCUGUGGCCUAGGCCCAGGGCUCAGUGGCCCAGGCCUAGGGCCCAGGGCCUAGUGGCCCAGGGCCCAGGCCCAGGGCCUGGUCAGGCCCAGGCCCAGGCCCAGGGCCCAGGCCUGUGGCCUAGGCCCAGGCCUCAGUGGCCCAGGGCCCAGGCCCAGGGCCCAGUGGCCUCAGUGGCCUCAGGCUCAGGGCCUCAGGGCCUAGGCCUCAGGGCCCAGGGCCCAGGCUCAGGGCCUAGGCCCAGUGGCCCAGGCCUGUGGCCUGUGGCCUGUGGCCUGGUGGCUCAGGGCUCAGGGCCUAGGGCUCAGGCUCAGGGCCCAGGGCUCAGGGCUCAGGGCUCAGGCUCAGGGCCCAGGGCUCAGGGCCCAGUGGCCUAG